UUUGCAAUUGUCGGAUUUAAAUAUUGAAAGAUCUAAUAUUGAAAUAAACAUAUAUUUCGAGAUACUAUUUUAAACGCUAUAAAUGUAAACUGCAAAAAUGAUCGAACAUUAUGUUGAUCUAGUCUCGUCAAGUGAUAACGAAUCAGAGCCCUUUGACUUGAGUAGCGCUUUUCAGUCAUCAGCUGCCUUUAAGAGCUCCACAACUCGAGGCAGAUUACCAUCUCUCAUUAUCGCAGCAGGAACUAUCGAAGGUACACUCGGGAACACCUCCAUCGAAUCCCUGCAAUCAACAAUCUUAGGUGGUGCUUUCGACUCUAAAGACUCAUUUUCUUCUCUCACUGAAGCUUUACCAAAUUCCCAUCUUCCUGCUGAUGAUAAUCUUAAUAAAAGAAUCUCCACAGAAGAGGAAUCCGCAGAAUUCGAGUCCAUCCCAGAACCUCAAGCACAAGAUACAUUCGUAAUCGCCAGUACGAGUGACAAUAAAUCUCUUCCUUCAGAUUCUCCAAAUAAACGCCACCCUGAAGACAUCAAUAUAACUUCCAAAGUUAUCGAUGUUUAUAAAAAUUUCCAGCCAAUUGAAAAUUUCGUAUUGGGCCUUGCUUCGAAUGCAGAUACUAAUUUCUCGAGUAAAUGCCCUGGUCUUCUACCUUAUCGCGAACCUUUGAGAACCAUUUCAGAAGAAUCGAGUGGUUGGAGCAACACGGAUUCCAAAAUGAGUUCGGGCACUUCGCAGACUGAUUAUGGUCGAAAUUCGCAGGACUCUAAUAGAACAGAUUUGAAUAACACUGGAAUUGAGCUGAAAUCGAUCGCGAAACAUGUAAGGAAACCGGAGAAAAAACUUGAGAGUGAGUCCUCGCCCGAUUGGUAUCAUUCUUCCACUAGUGCCAUAUUAAAUACCCCGAAAAACACUUUACAGCUGGAUAUGGUUUCACAGAGGCGUAGAAAAAAAAAAGAUUAUUCUUCGAAGUCUCCGUUAUCCAGUGUCGAGGCUAACAAGGAGAAUCUCAAUGCUGCUUCCAAGAAAAAAAUAGUUGGUUUCUCCCGAAAAGUUUGUCAAUUUUCUGCUUUGAAUGAAAAUAUCGACCAAUCCCAGAAAAAGAAAUACCCCACUACUCCGCGCUUUAGAAUAAAUAAAGAUAAUAGCAAAUCGAAGGAUAUAAGUACUCCCAACGGGAGCGAAGAUUGCUUUUUGGAGAAAGAGUAUCAUCAAAAUAUCCUAAGAAGUUUUUCGUCUGACACCUUAAGAGAAGAAUCAACAACUCCUGAGGUUUUGAAAUCGCGGAAGGAAGCUGAUCUUUGCAGCAAAAUGAAAAAACCUUUACAAAAUCCUGACCGAUUUGCUGAACGUAAACCGCAGGAGAGGGCGAAGAAAUACAGAAAGCGGAGAAGUAAAUCGCUUGAAAAUAACACUAAUUUGCCAUCCUCUUCGGGAAUUCGUCCACUGCAAGUCCCUGUCAGAAGGGCUCGAGGACCUCGGGAAGGAACGCUAAACGUCCCGCUACGAAUGGAGUUAACAAAAUCUUCUUCGGAAAAAAGUCUGAAUAGGACUCAGAUCUCGACAAUGGAACUGCGCCCAGAGAGACCUCUCCGAUCAAAAUCUCAAGAAAAAAUAUCGCCAAGGAAACCACCCUGGAAGCCCUAAUUUAUUUCGUUUCUAAUUUUUUCUUUUCUUUUUAAAGUCUAAAAACUGUUAUGUAUACAAAAUUUCAUCUCUAAUUUAUUUAAUAGAAAUAUGCAGCUAAAAAUCUCGAAUUAUAUCUACAGAAUAUUGAAAAUGUUUAUACCAGUAUUAAUUUAUUAUCUUAAUUUUAAAAAGUUACAAAGUGCAAAUUUUAUAUGUAAGAUUUAAAUCACUUAAGUUCGAUACUAGCAUCAGUAAAAGAAAAAAAGUUUUUUUUAUACGAAGAUUGUGUUGAAACGUUGCAAAGUAUUUUACUAGUUUUACGAUUUCUACCUCUAGUAAAUAUUCUUAAAAUGCAGCUUUCUCAAUACGUCCGGCUGAUUUGACUAGUUUUAUAAAUACAUUUUUUAUCUGAAA